AUGCCUUCAGGGGACCCUAAUAUAACUGGGUUUGAACACGUGUAAAAGCAACUGCAUGUCUAUCUAUCACCAUAUUGACGACUUUUCACGGGAGGUUUUUAUCAUUUACUCUAGUUUCAGUUUCUAAGAAGGAGAAGGAUUGAAGACAAUUGCCAGAAUUCUCUAUCGUCCGUAGCUACGUACUGAUUUUGAGACUGGAGUUUGGGUUUCUGCUGCGUAUGCUAAGAUGUGGCUUUUCAUCAGAGAUUUCACCUUUCCAAAAAUAAUUUUUCUUGCCAUUUAUUUUCUGUCGGGAUGUUCAACAAAACAAGGUAGGUUAAUCAAAGAGAAAGGGUUUUUAAAACCUGCGAUGAAACACGCAGGCACGUCCGCAUUUUCGAACCAAAUACGAACGGUAACCGCAUAUGUAAAACUGAUUGAAUUACCUGCAGUGAAAAUGAAAAGUGUUCUCAUUGUGUUUCACUACCACUGUAAACCUCAAAUUUGGGUUUUAAGUCCCACACUUAUAAAAACUGCAGAGAAGAAGCACUUGAUUCCUGAAAAAAAAUAAAUUUAGAAAAAAAAACUCACAACGAUAUGCGUCUUUAUGGACCUGCUUUACGCUGAACUUUUUUUUUCGAAGAGUACUAACUGUGUUGUUUCAUGAAUUGUAGAUGAGUGUGGGUGUCCUUAACAUUACUGAAUUGCUUGUGUGUGUGGCCGAGAUUUAUCAGCCAUUUUAGGGCAAAUUAGGUUGCUUUUUUUUAAGUGAAGAUGUUCACUUGAUGCAGUUUUACUAAAUCAAAUUUUUAAUUCAUUUAAAUUGUGAUUGACUAGUGCCAGGAAACUCUGCACCUGAGAUGAGAAUAGACGACGACGACGAACAGCGGUUGUUGAAAUACUUGUUUACCAACUACAAUCCACAAUUGCGGCCUGUCGAGAACAAGUCAGACCGCGUCACUGUCACCUUUGGCGUUUCUCUUCACCAGAUCAUUAAUGUAGUAGGUUUCCUGUAUUUCACUAACUUCUUUAGAAGAACUGUUGAUAAUAAAUCAGAAAUUAGCACAUUACAAAUAUCCACCUAAGCUUCAUUUACACCCUUACGCUUACUUCAUGUCUGCCAGAAUCUUAUUUUCAAAGAGUUCCUCGGAGAUUUUUCGCUAUGAAAUUUAAAAAAAGUUGCAAAUGGAGACAACGAUGUAGAAAGGUUGUCCACUUCUGUUGCAUAAAUAUUCAGUUAAGUUGCUGAUGGGUUUUGGAGUCUACCGCGUAGACUUGUAGUAAGAACUACCCGUUUUCUAGGCUCAAAAAAUAAAAACAAAACAAAAUAAAAUAAUCUCCCGCUUUUUUCAAUACGACUUACCAGCGAAAACAGAGGUUGUGAUGUGUUGUGUUUUACGACCACAACUCAAUCCAAACAACCGGAAAGUAUUAAACUAUUACGCGAUAGGCUUGAUGCAACUUUUCAAUGGCUACGAGAGAUUCAUAUUUUAUUUUUAUUUACUUUUCUGCAGGACGAGAAGAAUCAGCUCUUGCAGACCAGUGUAUGGGUCAGACAGGUAGGAAUUUCUGUUUCCUGGAUACCUUACCAAAGAUGGUUGCACAAUGUAUCUAGUAUAAUAUCUAGUAUCGGAUAGAAGACCAAAAGGGAUGAGUGAAGGGAAAUUGAGCUUUUUCUAGCUAUACAUAUAGAUUCCACUUUGCCGUGCAUCUGUUUAGUCAGAUAGAUCACAGAUGACGUCAAAAUGUGGUAAGAACGAAAAAGGCAAGGAGCAGCCGAGUGUGUCACUGAAGCUCUUUCAACAUUUUUCUGUGAUGUAUUACUGUACAAACCCAAGGCAGUAUUGAAUCUAUAAUUUGUUUUAUACGAUAAAAGAGCCAAAAUGAUGCGUCUGUCUUCCAAUAGAUCUUAAGUAAGAACCAAUCAAAAUGCCUGUAUGUUUAGCUUCUCAUAUAUUUAUAAAAAGGCAUGAAUAAAGGGGUAAGUUUCUAUAUAAACUGUGGCGCUGCGUCGGUGGAAGAGUAUAACAAGGUAAUUUAGUAUUAUCAGCUGAGUUGAUAACACUCGAAGCGUCAGCUUUCAAUUUGCAAACCCUUUACGGUGACCAAUUCACGUUAUCAACUCAGCUGAUAAUGCUAAAUUACCCUACAAAAAAGCAUGAUCAAUUAAACUCAAAAUUUAGUGAUGUGCCAUUCACACCCUUUACGGUGACCAAUUCACGUUAUCAACUCAGCUGAUAAUACUAAAUUACCCUACCCUGAUUGUAGAAUGAUUCAUUUUAUUCUGAUAGGUUUGGAACAAUCCUUUCCUUGUUUGGAACCAAACAGACUUUGGUGGAAUAAAAUCUGUCAAUGUUCACUCUUCACAGGUCUGGAUACCAGACAUCUACCUAUACAAUAAGUGAGUUAAAAAUGUAAUCCUGUAAGCUAAGCGGAGUAAGGAAUGUAAGAGGAUGAUAAACGUUUUUGGACCUGUAGCUCUCUUUGAUUAUUAAACCAACGAGACUAACUACCAAAGCCAGUUCAGGCAUUCGUUUCAAACCCAAAUUUAGAAUAUUAAAAUAUGACUUUACAAACAACACUUGUGGCACAAAAAACUCUCGGGAAGAGCUUUUUCGUUUACCCUCUACGCGAUAUGCUUAUAUCUGUUCUUAAAUGCAGUUUGUGAUCAGUGAACUAUUCUAUUUAAAAUGAUUUUAUAAAACGAAAGAGAGAAUUCAAAGUAGUAGUAACGAAUAACAUUCUUUCAAUGUUGCACUUUUCAGCUCGUAGCUGGUUACUUAUACUUGAAGCUCCUUAUAAUAAAGUUUAAUUUUUAGCGCUGACCACGAACGUGAGGGUGGAAUGGAUCAGUUUCAUACACAGAUAGUAAUCAACUCAACUGGUUGGAACAUGUGGCUGACACCUGUGAUCCUGUACAGCUCUUGUAAGAUGGACGUCAAGUAUUUCCCUUUCGAUACCCAGGUAAGGAUCUCCGAAACAUCCACUGAUUAACAUGUGAUUCAAGGUUACGUUCGGAUUUCAAAGAUAGAGCACAGUUCGAUUGAAUUUUGUAAAACGAGAACCAAAGCAAUCACAACAGCCAUGCAAUCUGAGCAAGGAAAUAUCACCAUAAAUAGCCACUGAGAACUCGAAGUACAAACAAGCAAACCGCCCGAAGAGCAGGGAAACGCGAAUGAUCAAGUUGUGGUUGGUUUUAGUUUUGUAUCUGAUUGGUUUAGGAAGUGGCGCGAGGUUUUUGGACCAAUCACAUAAGGAAGUAUUGCAAAAACGAAGCAAUUCCGGAUUACAUUCGGCACUCAAUUGAAGAUGUCCCUGAAAAUAAUUCAUGAGACCUAGAAUCACGGUAAAGGAACAAGCAGUUUGAAGUUUUUGACAGUUAUGAUUCGUCUACUAACAGGCUUGUGAUCUGAAAUUCGGUUCCUGGACGUACGAUGGUUUUCGUGUGGACAUGGUACCAGAGGCACUCCUUGCAGACACGACAAAGUUUGUCAGCAACGGCGAAUGGGAACUCAUCUCGUUUCCAGCAAAGAGGAAUGUAAUCUAUUACGUUUGUUGUCCAGAGCCCUACCCGGAUGUUACUUACACCCUGAGAAUACAGAGAUUGGCUUUGUUUUAUUACAUGAAUCUGAUCAUACCAUGUCUGCUGAUAACAGGUAACGAAGAGAAACUGCAAAAGUAAUAAAUUAUAAGCUGAGCCAUAAAAAAAAUUUGACCUUUAUUAUGAUAACCUCGCAAACUAAAAUUGUCCUCAGUCAAGAUGAUGAUAAUGACAAUCAAAGUCCUUACCAUUUUGAUGAAGAAAAAUUCACAUUUUCUCGGUGAUGAGAGGUUACUUUUAGAGACCAUCUGAUUUGUUCUUCAGGCAUUCUAUUAAGUGUAAAACGUAAUUUGGAUCUCGACGUAUACGUAUGAUUUUAAACCUGACGUUUCGAACGCUAGCCCUUCGUCAAUGCCCGAUUCGCUUUGACAAGGGGCCAACCCUCAAAAUGUCAGCUGUUUUUAAAACUCUUUGUGGUGGCCAAUUUUCAAUAUCAUCUAAGUUAAUAAAUCCUGUAAAAACUCUCUCCCCCUCCCCCCCCCGCCCCACACACAUACACUAUCGCAGCAUUCCAGUUACUUUAGAAACUUAUCACCUUCAUACAUGUAUUAUUCCAUUACAGUGUUGACAGUAACGGCUUUCUACCUUCCCCCUGAUUCUGGUGAACGUAUCACGUUAGUGAUCACAAACCUGUUAGCCAUGACUGUGUUCAUGUUGCUUGUGGCAGAUAUCAUGCCAUCAACUUCAGAAGUGAUACCAGUUAUAUCAAUAUACUUUAGUGGUGCGAUUUUUGAGGUAUGUCUGUCAACUCCUUUAAUUUUAAAAUCAGAAAAAUGUCAAAGACGUAGUUUGUCGAAGAACAUUUUAAUCGCAUUUGGUCGAAUUGAUAUAUCUUUGUUUCCAUAUCUUGUUAUUUGUAUUAUAUACCGGUAUUAAUUGAGUAGGAGAGCCCGGACUGGAAAAUAUUUGACUUUCGGUCAUGACGCACGGACCUCGCUGCGCUAAAAUCCGUACGUCAUGACCUUGAGCCAAAUAUUUUUCGUCCGGCUUCCCUACUCAGUCAAUUAAUACAUAUUAUAACUCUCAGAGUCGACGAAAAUAUUCAAGGACCUCGCUCCUCUGUUAUCAUAAAUAAGUUAAUAUCUAGCAAGAUAUCCGUCUUCAGUUGCUCAUUCAGCUUGAUACACAUAUCCUCCUUUAGGUUUCACUGGCUCUUCUCGCCACGUGCUUCAUUCUCAAGUGCCAUUUUCACGAUCCUGCUUCGUCAGACAUGCCAGUUUGGAUUCGACACAUUGUCUUCAAUUGGAUGGCACAAUUACUCCGUGUUAAAGUCCCUCGCCAUAGAAAACAGGAAAUACAAGAACUAGGUGAUGUUACUUUUCUGCACAGAAAUAAAAUUGCAAUGGAGUACAGAGUAAAUGAAAAAACCAAGAUUGAGAACGCUUCCACAUACAAAGCUUCAUCCCCAGACCACAGCCUGGCUACACGCCAUAACGAUAUUCACUCACUUGUCAAACGGAUUUCUCAUUCAAAAGUCUUAAAAGGAAAUUAUAAAUCAGGGCCUGGACUAAGGGAGCAGGAAUCUAUCCCGAGAAUGGCCGUCUCGCAGGUGGAAGAUUGGUGCAUACAAUCCAGCGAUGUGAGUCUAAGCAGUAAUGAAGAUCAUGGAGUAGAGCAGCAUAACUCUGAGACGGGAACAGAUGGCGAGGUCAGGAAGCCUUUAAACAACGGCGACAGGCGAGUGGAAGAAAUGCUGAAAAUGCAGGAGAAGCUGCUGGAAUGUGUUCAAAUUCUGACCAAAGAAGUAGCCAAAAACGAAGAUGUGCAGGAAAAAAAAGACGAGUGGAACACGGUGGUCGCUAUUUUGGAUCGUGCUUUUCGUAUGUUAUUUUUAAUUAUGUUCUUUCUGUCUACAUUAACAAUCUUUUAUUUUUCCAUGGUUUAG